AUGAUAUUAGGUAUUGUCUCUCCUGUAAGUUAUUACACUUUCAACGUCCAUGAAGCGACCCUGCCGACACACAGCCACCAUCGGAGCGACCUCUGUAACUGGCUAGACGCUGACACUGCUGACCGAGUAAAGGCCUGCCGACUUACACGCGCUUCCAGACUCACCUCUCAAGAACGCUCUCAGACCCUGCCCUUCGUGCGCACGCCCUCUCCAGCUUGGGACGAUGACGAUAGUCGCAGAUACCCCAUCGCGGUUCAAGCUCCCUCCCGCUCCGCCCAUCGCUGGCCCCGGCCCCGGCAGCGCGUCAGCAGUCCUGCUCUCAGCCAUCAGCCACCAGCCAUAAGCCAUCAGCGCACCAGCCACUGUGCGGCGCAAACUAUCGCCUGUGCGUCGACUAUAUCGCCUGCAAGCGGAGGCGUGCAGCUUUCCAGGUUGUUGGUGCAGCUUUGCUCAAUUGGGCACGCAUGCCGGGAACUGCCAGAGCUGCCCACGUCUCCCCCCCUGACGGCACCCCGGCUUUUGAGGCUAAUCUGUGGCGCCAUGCUGAGCAAACGUGCUAACUACCGUCGAGUUCCCUGCGUCAAUAGCCUCUUCUGCGAACCAUGCCAAACUGGUUUGCGCAUCAGACGAACGGCCCACCAUGCGGCUCCCCUGUAA